AUGGAUUUGAAUAACAGUUGCUUACCAGAACAGUCAUCUACAUCAUCUAACUCUUUGGGUGAUUUGGUAUCUACAUCCACGGCAAUACCUUCCAACAACAACAACAACAACAACAACAAUAAUAAUAUGUCAUUUAAUAGACUGCUGUCAUUGCCACCACACUCAUCAACCAAAUCAACCAUUGUUGCAGACUCAACAAACGUAACAUCGCAUCCACAUGAAUCCAACUCGUAUUCAGUUAACACUAGAUCAUCACAUAUUAUCACAUCCAUUUCUGAACCAGCUCACUCUGUUGAAUCUGAAAAUGAGAUAAACUCAGCAAUAACAGCAGCAGCAGAUGCAACAACGAGGGGUUUAAUACCAGGAGCCAAUAGAGAUGCAGAUGCAGAUGCAGAUGCAGAGGCAGAGGCAGAUGUAGACGUUGAGGCAACACUGCUGUCUAAUAAUGUUACUCCGCAUCAAGAUGUCUCAGUAGUGACACCAUUCCUAGUCAAACAUAUAAGCAAUCAGAACCUCAUACCAAAGGACAAUUUCCACACUUAUUGUUACCGCCACAACCCUGAUAUACUGUGCAACAAACAAACAGAUGAACGAAAAAUGAAGCAAAUACAAAACAAGUUGGAAAACCUCCCGCACAGAGACCAACAAGCAAUCAGCCACGUAUGGUCUAUUUUUAGUGCAGCACCAGUACACCAUCGCCAGUUGAUCCUACAAGGCUUGCUCACACAGUGCUGUUUCCCACAACUAUCAUUCAUCUCACAAGAAGUGUCAUCAUUGAUCAAAAUCGACUUUAUAUCCAUUUUACCACAGGAAAUAUCGUUAAAAAUCUUGUGUUACUUGGACUGUAACAGUCUUUGCAAUGCGGCUCAAGUGUCCAGAAAAUGGAAGAGUCUCGCUGACGACGAUAGAGUAUGGCACCACAUGUGUGAACAGCACAUAGAUCGGAAAUGCCCAAACUGUGGAUGGGGAUUACCAUUGAUGCAUAUGAAAAGAGCAAGAGAAAUGACCGAAGAUGAUAUCAAGCCAAUAAGGAGAACUUCGGAAGGAGAAGCACAAUUGAGCCAAGAAGUUUCAGGAAAUACUACUCAAAACAAUAACAACAGCAAUAGCAACAACAACGCAAACACAAAUAAUGCAGAUAUUAGUGUCAAUACAUCACAGCGCCGCCGUGCAUCACAAUCGUCACAAGAUGAACCAUUGCACAAGAAACCAAGAGCAAACAGCAGUUCAACAACGACUAAACCUGUACAUUCACCAUUACUCCGCAAACGUCCAUGGAAAGCUGUUUAUUCUGAACGGUUCAAGUUGGAGAAAAACUGGAGGAAAGGAGUUUACUCUAUGAAGUCUUUUGUCGGCCAUACCGAUGGCGUGACUUGCUUGCAAUUCAAUAGAAAGUAUCUCAUGACAGGCUCAUACGAUACUACAAUCAAGAUCUGGAAGAUUGAAACUGGAGAGUGCGUCAAGACAUUAACAGGGCACACAAAGGGAGUGAGAUCCUUGGUGUUUGACAAUCAAAAGCUAAUCACUGGAGGAUUAGACUCAACAAUAAAAGUGUGGAAUUACCACACGGGUCAAUGCAUUGCCACCUAUAGGGGACACGAUGAUGCCGUGGUUAGUGUUGAUUUUUCAAACAAGUCUAUUGUUUCAGGGUCGGCUGAUCAUACGGUCCGUGUAUGGCAUGUCGACUCAAGAACAUGCUAUACAUUGCGCGGCCACACAGAUUGGGUUAAUUGCGUCAAGAUACAUCCAGCAUCAAAUACAAUCUUCAGUGCUAGCGACGACACAACAAUACGGAUGUGGGAUUUAACUACGAACCAAUGUCUCAAGAUCUUUGGAGGAGUGGAAAAUAAUGGCCACAUUGGUCAAGUGCAGUGCGUCAUUCCUUUGACAUACAAGGACCAACUUGUUGAGGAUGUGAGUGAUACCGAGGAUGACCAAGCAGUUGGCGAGUCAGCCACUACAGCUUCAGUUUCAGCUUCAACUUCAACUUCGUCAUCUUCAUCAUCACCAGUUCCAUUAGCUUCUACAGCUGCUUCGACCAAUACUACUACUCCCGCAGUCAACUAUCCAACACACCUUCUCACUUCUUCUUUGGACAAUACCAUCAAAUUAUGGGAUGUAGCCACUGGUAAAUGCAUUCGUACCCAGUUUGGCCACAUUGAAGGUGUAUGGUCCAUUGCCGCCGAUACUUUUAGAAUUGUUAGUGGCGCCCACGAUCGGAUGGUGAAAGUGUGGGACUUACAGAACGGCAAGUGCCUACACAGCUUUGGCAACAGUUCGAGUGUUUCAUGUGUAGGUUUGAGUGAUUCACGAUUUGUGAGCGGCAUGGAAAAUGGUGAAGUAAAGAUGUAUUGUUUUGACUAG